AUGACCCGCAGUAUCUUGUACUUGAAGGACGUUCGUGUUGAAGGCCCGAGGCGUCAGGUAGUGCCCGAGGCGUCAGGUGUCAACCAAUUCACAGUGUCUGGUAAUGACGUUACUGCCAAAGUCAAUCUAUUGGAGAGGAGUUGUUCUUGUCAGAAAUUUGACUUGGUGAAAAUGUCGUGCGAACUUGUGAUGGCAGCUUUGCGAACAAAGUAUGGGGAUGGUGUAGGUUAUGAGGCCGAAUGGACUGUGCCACAGGAAGUGCAAGACACUAAGAUUUCUCCAUCCCCCUACGAUCUCAAACUCGGAAUGAAGAAAGUCAAAUACACUAAGGGCGUCGGUGAGACAUUGAAGUCCAAAAGGAGGAAUACAAGAAGCUUUCUUGGUAGGAUUGUUGUUAGAAGAAAGCUUCUUCUUUUUUUGCUUAUUUUGGUUGAUCUGGCUACUGUGCUAAUGGAUGGCAAUGGUGGUGGGCUUCAUGUUGCAUCCAUUAGGAACCGGACCAACCCACUAGUGGUAAGCCAAAACGCCGACGAAUCAGCACUGGGCAGUAGCCUUCGGUUUUCACCAGUGGACCCAAAAGAAAACACCGUUAGAUUAUCGACUGAUAUGAACGUAAAAUUUACAUCUAUGGUAAUUUCUGAUUCGUCCACGGUGUGGAGAAUUUACACUGAAUUAAUUCCACAACGUUAUUUGGUGACUGUUGGUGGAGUUGUAGGAAAUCCUGGACGUGAAACUUUGGGCAAUUGGUUUAAGAUUGACAAGUACGAGGAUGCUUACAAACUUGUGUAUUGUCCUGGAGUUUGCAAUAUUUGCAGACCAUUUUGUGGAGACAUUGGAGUACUUGUGGAAAAUGGGAAAAGGGUAUUGUUUGUUGGUAGAGAUAAACCUCUCAAAGUUACAUUUCAUAAGCUUUAGAAUGACUAAUUUUAUACUAUAGUACUAUGUAUGUAUAUGUGUGUGAUUUCACUAUCUAUGAUAAGUCUGUAUCAGUGAAGAAAUAAGGAGGUAUAGUCUUCUAGGUAUUUGGAUAAUGUAAUAAAUUAGAUUGGAUUGUUAUAUGAUUUUGAUUGAAAUACUACUAUUUAAUAAAUGCGCUGUAAAAAUUUAGAAU